AUGCCUUGCCAUAUAUUUCUCUACCUACUGCUCGCACUCACUUCCUUCGUGGCCGCCGAUGUUGCACCAAUUACCGACUUUGUCGCUUACCAAAGUGGCCAAUUUGGGCUCAGACCGAACCAGACCUACUACACGUCCAACGUAACGUCUCCGAUCUUCUUAGUCAAUACCUGGGACAAAGCAGCGGUGGACAACGCCUCGCACAUCUUUCUAAACUAUGGGAAUAGCCCCGAGACGGGUGUUGGAAUGCUUUUUUCAGCGAACGACCUCAGUCUCGUGUGGUUCCAAAAGGAAACUUCAGAGCAGAAGGUAAACAAUGUAGGAAUACAAAGGUUCCACGGCACUGACUACCUGGUGUAUUGGCUUGGAAAACAAACAGGGGGCCACGGAAGUGGAAACUGGCUGAUGCUAAACUCUUCUUACGACAUUGUCCAUAACGUUACGACUACGGGACUCCCGGUCGGCGCUGACUUUCACGAAUUUCGCCUCACAGAUGAAGGGAUGGCUUUGAUUAUGGCGUAUAACCCCAUCCCGUAUAACCUGAGAAAGGUGGGAGGAUGGAAAAAAGACAUACUGUUGGAUAGUGUCUUCCAGGAAGUGGAUGUGAUAACUGGCAAGGCACUCUUUACCUGGCACGCCAGCGAUCAUUUCAGUAUCGCAGAUUCCUUGGUUUCAUACUACAAAGGGCCUGACGGCUGGGACUGGUGUCAUAUCAACAGCAUACAAAAGACCGUCGAUGGGGAUUACGUGGUGUCCUUCAGCCUCUGCAGCAUGGUCGUGCAUAUCAACGGCACCAGCGGCAUCCCCAUCUGGAUCAUGGGUGGAAAGAGAAACCAAUUCACCGACAGCGCCACCGGGCGAGCGCCCGACUUCGCCUUCCAACACCAUGUAACCUUCCACGACAAGGCCUUGAAGCACCUCACAAUGUUCGACAACCACGUUUAUAAUACCUCUUUUGGUUGUACUUCCAACUGUUCCACAGCUCGGUUCUUUACGGUCGACUACGCGACAAUGUCAAUGUCUAGCGUUCGUCAACUUUCGCAUCCAAAGGGCCUACAGUCUAUGGUCAUGGGAAAUGUCGAGUCUUUGGAUGGGGGGAAUACUCUUGUUUGUUGGGGAUUUAAUCCCGCAUUGACAGAGCAUAGGGCAGACGGGCAGGUGGUUUUGGACCUUCAGUUCGGUGUGUUAGGGCGCGCGCUUGGAUCGUACCGUGUCUACAAAAGGAACUGGGAAGGGUAUCCGACCUCGGAUCCAAGUAUCGUUGUGCAACGCCAGAAUGCCUCUUCGCCAGAGAUUCUCUAUGUGAGCUGGAACGGGGCAACGGAGGUGAAGUGCUGGGUAUUGCUGGCCUCAGCUUCAGUCAAUCCUCUUAGGCGAGCAACUGUCGUCGAUGCGGUUCCACGCGCUGGGUACGAAACGGCAAUUCUUGUGCGCACCUCGGCGCGGUAUAUCCGUGCUGUAGGCUUGGACGCGCAGAAAAAUGUCCUAGGCAUGUCCGCUAUGUGGGAUCGAGAGAAUGAGUCGAUGGUGAACAUUGACAAUCGUUGGCAAUUUGAGCACCACUGCUCGAAUGCACAAUCUGGUGAUCACAACAUUUCAUUGAGCUCUUGUUAUUGUGCGGAUGGAAUUCCUGAUGAAUGGAAAUGA